ACCACAGCCUGUAGGAUAUCACGGUCUUAGAAGAUAGGUAUCUUCCAUGGACUAAGAUAUCUUCUAAGAAACGGAUCAAUAGUAAGAUACGAUCCGUAUCGGAUUUUGAUAAGACCUGAUAUGACGUAACUACAUAUUAUACAGUAUUAUAGUUAUAUAGUAUUUGCGUUUUGCCUAUACGUGUCGAUUUUUUCUUUUUGAAAAACGUUUCGAAUUUCCAUUUUAUCAUCUUUACUCGUUAGUCUGGUCGACGGUCGUGACAAAAUAAUAAAAUAAAAAUAUGAUUUUGUUAUAAGUCUGGUUUUCACUAAAAUACUGUUGUUUAGUGCCUUGCAAUAGUUUUUUAAGUUUAUAACACUGUUUUUAAACACGUGUUAUGAUCGUGAGCUCGUAACGUUAUGAACGUUAGGUUCACGACUUACUGAAUUGAUCUCUAAGUGUUCGCGUAGUUAUAACAAACCAACAAACACCGGAACACAAACUUAAUCAUGGCUGAAAAAUCAUCGAAACCCUGUAUCAUUUGUGUAGCGUGUAAGAAAACAGGGCAGAAAUAUUAUACCUACCCUAAUACGUCUUUUCAUACAUUUCCGUCGUGUCCGGAAAAACGGCAGAUUUGGAUGAAUCGUUGUGGAUUAACAGAUCGAGAAGUCUUACGGUGUAGUAAGAUAUGUUCAUUUCACUUUAAACCAACGUGUUUCAAUACCAAAUUAAAGAGACACAUGCUUCAUCGUGACGCUGUACCAACAAUUUUUGUAGAAGACCAUGUAAAGAAGACAAAUAUGCCAAUAAAAAAGAAUGAAGAAAAACCAAAAAAUUGCAAUAAGAAUGAGAUUCCUUUUCAGAGUUAUGAUGUUUGUGAUGUUUCAGUCAAAGUGGUUGACUUCCUAUGUUAUCCACCAAGUGAUAUUUUAUUAACAAGUUCUGCUAAAAAAAUGAUUGAGAAAACAUGUCAGACUUGUGAUCUUCAUUAUGAAGUUGUAAAAGAAAUGAAUACAUUUGUGAGAGAUGCUUUCGAUAAAGAUAAAAAAGAAAUGAAAGAAACUAUCAUGAAACUAAGAAAACAAGUAUCAUCACUGGAAUCAGAAAUAGAAAAAAUUAAUAAUAAGACAGCAUUAUAUAAAGCUGAAUACGAGGCUAAAAUUAAAAAAUUGUAAUCUUAAUAUUUAGAUCAUUUUAUAUCUUAAAUCUAUCUAACAGUAAAACAGUAAAAUAAUGUUUACUUUUUCUUUUCUUUUUAUUAUUAAUUAUUAUUUAUAUAUAUAUUUUUAAAUUCUGCUGCUGGUGAUGAAUGUUAUUUAAUAUAAGUCAUUAUAUUAUUAUAUUCUAUUUAAUUUAGUCGCUGGGAAAAAAAUUAACAUUUUGAGUAAUUUGUUGUUUGAUUAAGUAAUAUUAUGUUGCAUUUGACAUCAAAAUAUUGUAUACAAGAAUAGUAUUGUAAAAAUGCUUUGGGACUUAAAAAAAUUAAGCAAAAUCAAUUAAGAACUGUUUAUUAUUAAAAGGUUAUUUUUUUUUUUUUUAAUUUUGCAAAGAAAGCUUUUUUUUAUAUACUGAUGUUAAAUAAGAAAACAAACU